CCCCUGUGACGCGCGGGCGAGCAGGCCCUGCGGGUGGUGGUGGUGGAGGCAGGGGCGGAGCGGCGCCGCCAGUAGCCGCUGGAGCCGGGCCGGGCUGGGCCAAGCCGCGCCGCCGCCAUGCCCUCCGAGAAGAGCUUCAAGCAGCGCCGCACCUUCGAGCAAAGAGUAGAAGAUGUGCGACUGAUUCGAGAUCAGCAUCCAACAAAAAUACCAGUCAUUAUUGAAAGGUACAAAGGUGAGAAGCAGCUUCCAGUUCUGGAUAAAACUAAGUUCCUGGUACCAGAUCACGUCAACAUGAGCGAACUAAUCAAAAUUAUCAGACGACGCCUGCAGCUGAACUCCACUCAGGCUUUCUUCUUACUGGUGAAUGGACACAGCAUGGUGAGCGUGUCAACCCCCAUAUCAGAGGUGUACGAAAGCGAAAAGGAUGAAGAUGGAUUCCUGUACAUGGUAUAUGCCUCUCAGGAAACUUUUGGAGUGCAAUAUUCCAUGUAAUCCAUUCAAGUGGCUUCUAGCCUAGGAUUUUGGUUUUACCUUCUACCCCCCCAUCCCAACCCCAGGAAAAAGAAAGGGAUGUCACCUACUCCUCAGUACCUUAGCAUAGUCUUGCUUUAGCAGGUGUCCUCCUCUUACCUUGCCUUGUUUGUGAAUAUUAAACAGCUGAAUGCCAGUACAGACAAGCAUAGAUCUAGCUUCGAAAACCUGCUGUCAUAUUUCACAUAGGCACACUUGUUUUAAGUCUCUGGACUUCCUGAAUGGAACCAUACCUUGCACAUUCAGAUUGCCAACACAAGAAACACUUGAUGGUCUUCAGUGACACAGGAACUGGCACCAGUUUCCUGGUGUGAACAAAAGUGUUUGUGUGACAUCUUUCUGUUAAUUACUCAUACUGUUCCUAGAAAGUGCUCCUUUGCAUGGAAAGGCUACCUUUUUCCAUCAUGGAGCAAACAUGUUAGGGUCUAAAGUACAAGUUUGUGCAUAUUAAAUCUUUAGUCUAACUGUGGAAUCAUUUGCCUCAGUAUUUGCAGAAAGUGAGGGCAAGUGGUGGUGGGGGAAUAGUUUCAUAGUACUGCUACUGCAUAAGAUAAGAUGCCAGAUUCCUGGACAUUAUUCAUACCAAAUGCCACAGCUUUACUCUAAUUGUAGCAAGUCCAUAUUUUAAGAUGAUUCCAGGUUAGCUCCUGGACCGUUAACAUUAAGAGAAACUUUAAUCUGUUAAGAAGUUUCACUGACACAAAUGGCUGCUCCAUGUGAGCGAACUUUCAGUGGGUAGACCCUCCUACCCUGAGGGGCUGCUUUUCCAGAAAAUAAUUGGGUUUUUUUGGUUAAAUUACUUCCAUAACCAUGCCUGAGUGAUAGAUGCAGCCCCUAAAAAUGGGUAAUGCCCCCCUAGUGAUCUUGGUCUUUAAAAUCUUAGUUUUACUCCAUGCACUAUUCUGCCUAAUUUGUUUUUGAUUACUGCUCCCUAUAGUCAGCAAAGCAGCUGUAUAUCAACUCUUCAGGGCUGAAAGUCAGACUGCUUUGUUUAUACACAGUUCUACUGAAAACAUUGGAUUCAAACAUGAAUCUAAAUUGUCUCAGUCAUUUGUUCAUGUCAUAACUGAUGGGGGAAGUGCUUUAUAAAAUCAUUUCACAUUCAGGAAUUGAUAUUUUAAAGUUCUGAGGUACAGCUGUCACUGAAGCUUCCUGCCCACUGCGUGGAGUUUAAAAAUUUGGUGUUACUAGUAUCAUGAAUAGGGAUGCAUCCUAUGCAGAGGGUUCUCAGUAGGAUCAGUGUCCUGCCUUUAGAGUUGUAAAGUUAAGUAUUGCAGACUAAGAUUUACCCUUGUGUAUCAUGUGUAUGAAUUAAUUACAUCUGUUAGUGGAAGUUAACUUACUACCAGGGAGAAGGGGAGGAGAGAAGCAAUACUACUGCAUCUUGGCACUCUGUACAACAUCCAGGUGUACAAUUUGUACCUACAGCUUUCUGCAUGCAUCUUGGUCACAAUACUUAUUUAAUUUUUAAAUGUUCAUUGUUUUUUACUUAAUGUAAACUUUAAAUGCAGCUUGUCUUAUGUUUAGUUUUUUGUGUAAAACCAUCCUGUUAACUCAUGACAGCCAUUCUUGUAAUUACUGUGUGAUCAGUAUGACUGAUUUCUGUACAAAUGUUGCUUUUUUUUUUAAAUUAAUACAGUGCUAUGACAUGA